AUGCUACCGUAUGUAGAUCAGAUAUUCGAGCUGCCAGCUCGGCUCACUGGCGCAUCGAUCGAUGAGCUCAAGCUGAUCGGCUCUUUCUUGCUGUCCUACCCUUUGGCAGCUCUCCUCAAACGCAUCCCCGACGCCCAGCCUUGGAAGAAGAAUGUCUUCAUCAUCGGAGUGUCGUUGUUCUACCUCGUGGGACUGUUCGACCUCUGGGAUGGACUACGCACGUUACUCUACAGCGCCGCCGGAACCUACGCGAUCGCAUACUACGUGGACGGAUCCCUGAUGCCCUGGAUUGGCUUCUUGUUCCUGAUGGGCCACAUGUCCGUCAACCACAUCUUCCGUCAGAUGGCCAACGACGGUGCCACGGUGGACAUUACAGGCGCGCAGAUGGUCCUCGUUAUGAAGCUCACCUCGUUCUGUUGGAAUGUGCACGAUGGCCGUCUGGCGCAAGAUAAGCUGUCAGACCCGCAGAAGUACUCCGCCAUCACCAAGUUCCCAGCUAUCGUGGACUACCUGGGCUAUGUGAUGUUCUUCCCCUCCCUCUUCGCGGGCCCAUCCUUCGAAUAUGUGGACUAUCGUCGCUGGAUCGACACAACCCUGUUCGAUGUGCCACCCGGCACGGAUCCAUCCAAGGUCCCCGCCACCCGCAAGAAGCGCAAGAUUCCUCGCAGUGGAACGCCCGCUGCGAAGAAAGCAGCUGUGGGACUCAUCUGGAUUUUGGCUUUCAUCCAGCUAGGCUCAUACUUCACCACUGAUUUCCUGCUAUCCGACUCAUUCUUGCAGUACUCCUUCCUGCGUCGCAUGUUUACUGUGCACAUGGUAGGCUUCACCGCGCGCACCAAAUACUACGGUGUAUGGGCUUUGACCGAGGGUGCAUGCAUUCUGUCCGGUAUGGGAUACAACAGCUUUGAUCCCAAGUCAGGUAAAGUUUUCUGGAACCGACUGGAGAACGUCGAUCCUUGGGGUCUCGAGACAGCCCAGAACUCCCACGCUUAUCUGGGUAGCUGGAACAAGAACACCAACCACUGGCUGCGCAACUAUGUGUACCUCCGUGUGACGCCCAAGGGCAAGAAGCCCGGGUUCCGUGCUAGCAUGGCGACCUUUGCUACCAGUGCGCUCUGGCACGGUUUCUACCCCGGAUACUAUAUGACGUUCAUCCUGGGCUCGUUCAUUCAGACUGUCGCCAAGAACUUCCGUCGCUACGUCCGCCCCUUCUUCCUGACUCCAGAUGGAACCAAGCCCAUGGCGAACAAACGCUACUACGAUAUUCUCAGCUGGCUGGCCACUCAACUGACCCUCUCUUACGCUGUGAUGCCCUUUGUUCUUCUAAGAUUCAACGAGUCUAUCACCGUCUGGAGUCGGGUUCGUUACUACGGUAUCAUCAACUGUGCCGUCUCCCUGGUUGCUUUCGCUUCCUUCUCUCCCCUCAAGGGCUACCUUGUGUCCCGAUUGAAGCGCCGCAACAAGCCCCACCUUGGUCGCACCGCCAGUACCGACUCUGUUCGCCCGCCAGUCCUGGGUCUGCCUAACGACCCAGAACGGGACUUUGAUGAGGCUGUUGCGGAGAUCAAAGCUGAGAUUGAAUCCCGGGGACGCCGUGGCAGUACCGCCACCAUGCCUACCGGUGAAGAUUUGAAAGCUGCCGUGGAGCAAAAGAUUGGACGCAAAUUGUAG